CAAGGGCGUAGUUGAGUACGAGGACGCAAUUUGUUUAAGCCCAUUUCGGAAUAAUGGGCCAUUAGAUUAGGCGCACCUCCUUCUAGAACCCUCCAGAACCUUCCUCCUCCCCCAGCACCCCCCGCCCACUCCAGAGCCCCGAACAUCGGGGGCACCAAGGGACGGCCGGCGGCGGGAGGGAUGAAGUACCCGCCCAUCCCGCCGCGCCGGGCCGCCUCCUGCGGCUGCGGCUACCUGGCCGCCUUCGUCGCCCUCAUCGUCAUCACCUCGCUCCAGAUCCAGCACCACCACCUCAAGGUGGAUCUCGGCAGGUCCGACUACGCCGCGGCCACGGCCACGCAGCAGCGGCGCCGGGAGGAGGGGAACUGGAACCGGAGGACCGGCGCCGAGGGCCUGCCGCGCGGGAUCGUCCACACCAGCUCCGACAUGUUCCUCCGCCCGCUCUGGGACCCCGCCGCCAACCGCGCCAUCCCCAACAACAAGAAUGAUAGACACAAAGCUCUCCUGGCGAUGGCGGUCGGGAUCUCGCAGAUGCAGAAUGUGGACGUGAUGGCUCGUAAGUUCCUGAAUGAGAGCUACACGGUCAUGCUAUUCCAUUAUGACGGGAACGUGGAUGGGUGGCGUAGCCUCGAGUGGAGCGAUAAGGCCAUCCACAUAGUUGCGCCCAACCAAACUAAAUGGUGGUUUGCUAAGCGUUUUCUGCACCCUAGUGUUGUGGCUAUCUACGAUUUCAUAUUUUUAUGGGACGAAGACCUUGGGGUGGAAAAUUUUGAUCCGAGGAGGUAUAUUGAUAUAAUGGUUUCCGAAGGCUUAGAAAUCACGCAACCUGCAUUGGAUCCUGAUCUAUCAACAGAUAUUCACCACCGCAUCACAAUCCGCAACAAGAUGACAAAAGUGCAUAGGAGAGUAUAUGACAAUCGUUCAAGCAUGAACUGUUCUGAUGAUAGUAAAGGACCUCCAUGCACAGGGUGGGUCGAGGGCAUGGCACCAGUUUUUUCUCGUGCUGCCUGGAAAUGUGUAUGGCAUCUAAUACAGAAUGACUUGAUUCAUGGAUGGGGCCUUGACAUGAAGCUUGGUUACUGUGCUCAGGGUGAUCGAGCUGAGAAGGUCGGUGUAAUUGACAGUGAGUAUGUCGUCCAUCAAGGGAUACCAUCAUUAGGAGGACCAUCAGAUACCAGCAAGUUACCUCGAAGAUCUUUGGAUUUGCGGACACACAUUAGAAGACAGUCGUCGGCGGAGCUGGAAAAGUUCAAAGAACGGUGGGAAAAAGCCGUAAGGGAAGACGAUGAGUGGAUGGAUCCUUUUGACGCUUGAUUACUUUGGAAGAAACAUCUGACAUGAAGAUACAAGGCCCACCAUACAUGGGUGGAUGCGUCCACAUUCAUCAUGGCGGUUGGAGUCGAGAUCAUGUGGGCCUCAUAGCAAAACAGUUAGUUAUAUAGCCUUAUAGGCAUUUUGCUGACUAACACACCCCCCCCUGCCAUCAAGAGCUAUAAGAACAAGUGGGAAUGUCGUCGCGCUAAUACACGGAGAAACUGAGCAAGGACCUGUAUACUACCAGUGGCUGACAGACACAGUAUCUUGUAAUCUUAAUUCGAUUCUCCAAUCACCGAGGUUGUAUAGUGACAAUGCAUAUAUGUAUGUGCAGUUAUUUUUAGUAAUAAUAAGUAUUUAUA